UACCCAGCUACCAGUCCACACGCCAAACUGACAACUUUAAAUUAAACUUUAAAACACAUCUAUAAGUAGCAUAUGGUCGCUGGCCGGCUAGUUGCUGUCUCUAGAUUACGAAAUGCAACUAACCCAGAAGCUUGAUCUGUUUCCUGAAUACGUCGUGACACAGUUGCUGUUUAAAGAUGUUAAAAAUGCUGCAGAUUUGAGAAAAAGUGCGAUCGCACAAGAAAUCAGUGGCGCUUUAAUAAACCCGGCGAUGAUCGUUGACCCUUUCCAAAUCCUCGUGGCCGCAAACAAAGCACUUCACGUGCAGAAGGUUGGAAAAAUGAAAACGAGGAGCCUUUAUUCUGAAAUCAUAUUUAACCUUUCGCCUACAAACAACAUCUCAGAGGCCUUUAAAAAGUUCGGACUGUCAGACGGGGACGGCGCAGUGGCGGUGGUUCUGGUCCACGCAGCGGAAGAGACACGCAGCACGGAUGACAUCCUGGCCAAGGUGGACGGGCAGCAGAUCCCGGUGAAUCAGAUCUCCUGCCUGACCGAUGUGGCCAAGAUUAAAAAGCUGUUCAAGAUUACGCCGCAGGAGGAACAUUCUGGAACACUGCUGGAUGCGGUCAUCUGCAGAAUGGCGAUUAAAGAUGUUUUAUAAACAAAAGGAAAGACUGUUAUUCCCAUUCAUCUGUGAAAUGAUAUCCAGGGUUUGUUCAAAUACAUAAAUGUUUAUAAAGAACAUGCAGCUUUGGAAAGUAAUGUACAUAUGAUACAUACAUGACAUAAUGAAGUGUAAUCAUGAAAACAGAAAUGUUAUGAUACCCCUGUUUAGUUUUGAUUUAUUAGUGCACGUUUGUCCUGAUUUAAAAAAUGCAGUCGUUAAAUGACUGUUCAUGGGGGAAAACUAUGUUCAUCAUGUUGGAGCAGCAGUAAGGAGAACAUCUAACCCAAAGGUUGCUGGCUUGAUUCCGUUGGGGCGCUGCUUUCGAACCCUUGGGCAAGGUACUUAACCCAAAAAAAUU